AUGGCUGAAGACGGAUCCCCAGAGGUCAUUAACUAUAUGGACGAGGAUGAACAUGUCACGGAUUUAUCCACGGCAAUCCAAAAGGUAUUAUUAUUUUCACUAUCACAUGGUGGACUCGUAAGAGGUCUCCACGAGGUCGCAAAGGCUUUAGAUUCCAAGACUGCCCAAGUAUGCUUUCUUUCUAAGGGAUGCUCAGAGCCUGCUUACGUUAAACUAGUACAGGCUCUUUGUAAGGAACACUCCAUUCCUCUAAUUGAGACUGAUGUUGAUUCCAAGACCUUGGGACAGUGGUCUGGUUUGUGUAAAUAUGACAUCGAAGGCAAGCCCCGCAAAAUCGUAGGCGCUACCAGUGUUGCGGUGAAGGAUUUCGGUGAGGAGUCCGAGGCGCUUGUCUUCCUCCAGAAGCAUAUUUCUAAACUUAAGAAAUAA